AUGGAGUUAAAUACGGAGGAAGAACAUGAAACUAAUGUACAAUCAGUAAGAAAUUUUGUUAAAAAUUUUAUUGAAUUUUGAUAAUUUUUGUCUCUAUAUAUUGUUAUGGGUUUUUAGGAAGCUGUAAAUAAUCAUGAUGGUGUUGCUAUCGAUAAAAAUAAAUAUGAAGAACAAACUAUGGAGUUAGAUAUUGAGGAAGUCAAUACUAAUAAUGAACUAUCCUAUACUACAAGUACUGCAGAAACUCCAGAAUCGAAUGACAAUAGUUCAUUUGAAACAUUUAUGUUCCAUGAGUGUAAAGGUCGUAGAUUUCAAUUUAAAAAGGGAUCAGAUAUAGACAACCAGGCCACCAUAGCCUUUAUAAAUGAUUUUAUAAUGAAAAAUCAUAAUGCUACAUGGUUUUAUUCGGAUAAUGAAACUUUCACAAAUGACGGGACUAAAGAAGCCAUCAAUAGCUAUUACAUGCAAAAACACUUCAAAAAUAAUUUCAUUAUUUAG